AUGUUUUCAAUUAUUUUCAUAAUAUUAGCAAUUGUUUGUUUCACAAUUAAUUGCUUAACUAAUGUAGCAAGCGUUGAGCAAAGAGUAUACCACAUAGCCAAGAACAGCAACGUUGAUGUUAUUGAUGUGAGACACAACUUCAGCACGUUUCCCAACAAGAGUAAUUUAAGAACUGGAGUUCGUUCUCGUAUUUCCUGCUCGAUCUUCUGCAGUUUGAAUAAAUUAUUUGUCUGUAAAGGGUUUGAAUUUGAUGAACACUCUAAAGAAUGCAAGUUGGUCUCUGGAUUCUUGUCAGGUGUUUCUGCUUCUCCCGGUAAAACUGUGGUUCGUUAUCGGGUGAAAGAAGUCUGUCCACCAUAUGCAAGUUACUCUUGGCUAGUCAAAUCUUGCUUAAACUUGAGCCUAAUAUCUUUCACCUGGUCAAAUGCCAGAGACGCGUGUAACAAUAUGCCUUUGAAGUUUCAUCCUAUAACACUCGACACUCCUGAUGCGAAUUUGGCUCUGAAACUUUUUUUAGAACCCCUCUCUCCUUCUACUUACACAAGUGGUAAUGAUUGGAAAAUUUGGACAUCAGGAAGAACAGUUUCUAACAUUAAACUUUCUGAAUUCACUUGGCAGCCAUACUCAAAUGGUACAACUUUUUCAUUUUCUGGCUAUCAAAACUGGUCUUCAGGUCAACCGGAUAAUUUUGACGUAAAUUUAUAUGGAGAUGUUUCUGAAAAAAAUGUAAUCAAAAUAAUGAGACUGGGAAGGAAAUGCGAAACUGUCGUUAGACCCAUUUUGAUAAAGUUAGAUUGCGUUUUACUCAGAGACUCAAUAAUGAGAAAUGUAUAUAAAUUCAAGUCGUUAAAAGAAUUUUCACAUGUUGGACUGAACUAUGAUUUAACAAAGGAUCAGAGGCAGGAAUUUAAAUAA